UAUGACGUAGGCGUGAAACGCGCAAAAUUUGAAACAGUACCCCGGAAAUAGCAGCGGAAUUAGAAGAGGCUGAGAGCAUUUCUCUGCAUUUAUGUUAACUCUGCACCAUUAAUAUAUGCAUGGCAGUCAGGUUAUCCAGAUUUAGCGAACCAUGUUGAAAUUUAAAUAUGUGGGUCAGGGAGCCCUGAAAACACCGUGUUCCUCUGCUGACCCCAUCACCAGCCGCAGCUUGCGUCUCAACCAGGUUUUUCAGGGAAGAGUGAGCCUGUACGGCGGGCAGCAGGGAGGAUGGAGCUUAGGACGGGAGGAGUUUCUGGAAGCGCUGUUGCUGCUCUACCAAGAGUGUACAUCCCCGGAGCUAAUGAAGAUAAAACAUGUGGCAAAGUUUGUCCAUAAAUUUUCUGAGGUGAUCUCCGAGCUUCGUGCCUUGCAGCCUGCGGUGCAUGACUUUGAGCUGCGUGCAGUGGUCGGCCAUGGUCGCUUCUCUGAAGUCCAAGUUGUGAGAGAAAAAGCCACAGGAGAUGUGUGUGCUCUGAAAGUGAUGAAGAAGUCCGUGUUGAGCUCUCAAGAAAAUGUAAGAUGCCUUUCUUUGAUUUUGUACAAAAAAUCUGACCAGAUUGCAAAUUAG